AUGGCGGAGAGCGACGAUGAAACUGGACUUGUCGACGUGAAGGUAUAAGGUUUAUAAAUUAAAUCAAAGUAAUUCCAGCGAUCUAUUAUAGUUGGAAAUUUUCAAAGUCAGAUGAACGUUUAGCUUCUUUCGUUCGCAAGUCUUUUCGUUUCCAUAUAUUUGUGAGUGCACCACUUUAAUUUGCAGAUUAGACUGGCUUAUUCUGCAAGCUAAAAGUGAUCCCAGUAUGUCCAAAAACAAACCCUUUAUCAAAGCCCUUUUAGAUGAAAAGUUAAACUUCCUGGCCUUAAUUUGGUAACACCCCAUACAUUUACUAUGCUCAAAUGUUUCGAGUCUAUAACUAUUCAUAUUAAGUGUUUGUGUGAAAUAGUAUGAAAUUAUAUUACUGCAUGCAUGAUUUCUACUCAGUUUAAACAAGGGUAGUGUAAAACGAAGACUGCGUGCGGAACAAUAGUCCCAUUGUCUUCUAACCCUAAAAACAAUAGUCCGCAAUCAGUACGCAGUCUGCAUUUUACACACUGCACCAUUUGAAAAUCUUGAUUUUUGGUUUUAACUGUGGACUUGUUUUAGAUGGAGGGAGACGUUGAAGGACUGGAAGACUUGAAAUUCCAAGGUUUGUUCCUCAUCCAAAAAAGUAUUUUAACAAGAGGCUUCAAGAAAUAUUAUUCGUUUUAGUCUUUCAAGUGGCCAGCUUUGAGGUUGUUGGGGAGGGGGGGUUAAGUAUGGGUAGGGGUGUGCAGCUAAGGCCCUCAAACCUUGACCCUUUUUAAGAAAAGAAACCCUUUUGGGUGACUAGUAAUGAGGUGACUUUCAGCCAACUUGACUGGUUUCUGCAAGCUUGUUUUGAACAUGCCAUACACAGCUCAAGGUUCUGGCGACUAAAAAUUCUGGGUUAGUUGCCACUUUGGCGACCAGAUUUCCCUAUGAUUUAGAUUUGAAUUAAAAGAGUAAAGUUAAAACAAACAUUUCAUCUUAUCUUGCUUUGCCUUCGUCGUUCAAAAUGUGCCAAAUCGCAUAAACAAAGCUAGUUUCCCUCCAAAUUUAUACUGACUUCUGUCCGCAAUAUUUUCAAACAAUCAAAUCUGAUCGAUCAUGCUAUACUAUGAGCUGUAUCAUUUACAUUAUACAAACUGGCAACUAAAAAUUUGCAUCUGGCGAUUAAAAAAAUCCUCAGGUCGUUUGGUAACCAACUGGAGGAAUGGUGGCCAAAUGACCUUGUCCCGGUUGUUCAAAUGUUGGAUAGCGCUAUCCACCGGAUAAAUCACUAUCCAGCGGAUAAGUAUUAGGGAAACUAAUUGCGCUAUCCAUUGGAUAGAUUUUUAUCCGGUGGAUAGCGCUAUCCAGCCUUUGAACAACCGAGGCCUGGGGAUGUUUUUAAUUUCGAGCCCUGAUACAUUAAACUAAUUUCACCAAGGUAAACACUCUUCUUUUAAGGAGAUUCUUGUAAAGGUUUUAUUAACUUGUUACUACUUUAAUCUAUUUGUAGACAUUAUAUAUAUAUUUUUUCUUAGAUUUCAGUAAAGUUGAUGAUACCAAUAACCUAAACACUGGGGGUAACAUUGGUGAGGACCCUACAACAGUUACAGCUCCAAGUAACAUCAGAACUCAAGCAUUAGAUGACUUCUCAGAUGGCAAGUAUAAUGUGACAAACUAGUCGCAUAAGUAAUUUUUUAAUCUUUCCAUAAGUUGGUGUGCUAGGUACUGCUAACAGGAGCGUAGCCAGCUUUUUGACUAUUUGUAAGCCUGGCUUACUUUCAUUUCCACAUAUCCUGAAAACUGCAUGCGUGACUAUAGUCUGACCUCACCAACACUUUGACCUCUUAAGCUUUUUAGGUCACCCCCACAGCGCAUAAUUUACUACGAGCAGUAGAGUGAUCAAACUAAAAAAUUGUGGGUUUCGGCCUACAGGUCUUUGGGCUGGCUAUGCCCCUUGCUAAUUUAGCAAUGAGAAAGAGUGCACAACAGCCUGUAUUUUGGGUAGGUCAAGAAUGCAAAAAUAUGGUCAAAGAAAAGUCCUGGAGUUAGAGUACAUGUAUAACAUAAUGCGAGCUGUCAACAGAGUUUUGACUACUCAACAGCUUAUUUUUUAACCCACUUGUCAGAACAGUUUUUGCAGGCUAGCAGUGAGAUAAAAUGUGUUAGUCCCUAAGUUCCAGAAAGAACUCUGUGUAAAUCAACUACUUUACAACUGCACCUUUAGUUCAACUAAACAAUUUGAUUUUGGUUUUAAUAUUCAUUUGUAGAUGAUGAAGAAGACAAAACAGAGGUAUGUCGCAUUGAAACUGACUCCCAUUAAUGUGUAUACCUGCAUACUCUUAAAUGUUACAGUCAGUGGCACAGUUUUUGAGAUAUUGACAUCAAAGGUCUUUAUUUGGGAAAAACAACCUGGGCUCCUUCAAUUCCCCCUCUCCAAAGCCAAAGUUGAAGGUGGCUUGUUUUUUACUUCCGUCAGGAAGCUUGAAAGUGACACAAUGUUGUUUGUGGGAAGAGAGAAAUGGCCAGCUCUUUCUUCUUUCAAGUACGCAAUGUAGACAGUGUCGCCAUGUUGUUGAGAACAUUAAAUGUUUUAACCAUCAAAUUUUGCUUCUUAUCGUAGAUUUAUUAAUUAUUUGAUUUAACAAAGGAAUUGAAUUGAAUCUGUGGCUCACUUCUCCUACACUUAUCAAAGAACUUAACGUUAAAAUGUGUUGUUUUUGCAUCAGCUCUUAGCAGGACAGAGAAAGCAGCCUCCAUUCUGGACAUUUGAGUAUUAUCAAACAUUCUUUGACGUCGAUACUUAUCAAGUAAGAAAGGUUUAACUUGAUUCUGUCAUCACUUAGAAUGAUCAUCUUAACCAAAAGACAACAGCAGCUUCUUUUCAUUUCUAAGAUCCAAAAGAGUAAAGUGCCUUUGUUUUUCAUGCAAAGUGAAGUUUCAAACAUCCAUUUCUGGAACAUGCAAGACACAGUGGAAUACAAAUUGCAGUUUCAUUACACCAUUUCUGUUGUCCGUACUCUCAAACACCAUAGCUCUGCACUCAUGAGCAUGUGAGAAAUCUCUCAGUUAUUCCAAAAUAUUUGUUUUUCUUUAUAACUUCAAAUCAGCCAUGGUAUUUUUUUUGCAGGUUUUGAGAAGAAUCAUUGGCUCAAUGGUACCUGUUUACAGCAAAAAUUAUCUAGUUUCUUUUAUUCGUCCCAAUCCUGAUUUAUAUGGUAAGCAUUACCAGUGAAAAAUAUAUUUUAAUUAUUAGUAUAAAUUAGUAUGAAAUUAUUAUUAUAGUCAUAGUCAUUGCUGUCCAACACCUCCCUACACUUUUUUAGAUCUACACUGUACACUGAAAAUCUAUCAGAUGCCUAUGUAGUAUCCGGCUCUUUAGAACCUGUAAAAUCUUUCUCUGCAUUUUGUGUAGCAUGUAGCUCUAUUGUUUCAGGGCUAGGGUCCAUUGUUUAUGCCUUUGUUUGUUUAUUGUUUGCUUAGUUAAUCCCAGAAGCCUUGUAAGAGCUACAUACUGUCGUGCCUAGAUUUGGUCUCUGCUGUUCUUUAGUCAUUUUCUUUCACUCUCUGCAAGGCAUACAUCUCUUCAAGAUGAACACAUACAUGUAUGAAGGAAAAUAAAAUGGUAUCUAAAAUAUUUCACUAAUGGAAUGUUCUUUGCUACUGCCCACCUACUCCUCCCCUAAGCUAACAUUAACACUUACUUCUCACUUAGGGCAAAAUGAUGGCUUUGGGGAGGGGUAGGUGAGCAGUUUCCCAGACACCUAAAUUGAUACAUUAAUGUGACCCUUUUCAGGUCCUUUUUGGGUGUGUGCAACUUUAGUGUUUACCACAGCUAUAACUGGUAAUCUUGCAAGCUAUCUCGUCAGUGCAGGAGACCAUGAAUGGGUUUAUGAUUUCCAUAAAGGUAUAUAAUAUGUUGUGGUUGAAAGUUUUCUUUAGUUUGAAACUUUGUACUGAGCUUUAAUUUUACCAGUCUUCUACAUUCCAUUUUUUUUUGCUCAUAUCAGAUCUGUUACUAUCCAUUAUUAUUUCAUAUGUUUGUCUUAAGGCCCAAUGAGCCAUUUGCCUGUUGAUCCCAUUUUACAACUUCUUCUUCUACUGCUAUUAUCCAGUUUGUUCUUUCUUAUGUUGUCUUCGAAAUUCGGUUAUCCCAGUGAGGUUUGAAUGACAGGCUAGAAGCACUAAUUUUCACAACAAAGCAAAACCCUUUUCAUUGUGGUAAUAAUUCAGUAAUGUGACAUCAUUGUGCAAACAGUGGCCUGUUGAACAGAUCCAGUUGCUCUGGACAACUUCAUCCAAUGCAACAAAGCCUCAUACAUGCAUGUAUGCCAGGCAUCCUCUGCCAUGCAUACCUAGUUUAAAUUUUAUCAUAAUUUUAAUUAUAUUUUCAUAUGCUUUCUUUGUAGUGACAUUUGCUGCAGUUGCGAUCUUCUCAUAUGCCUUCCUGGUGCCUACAGCUCUCUGGGGAGUCCUUCUUUGGAGAAAGAGUAAUGCGGGAUAUUCAUUCUUGGAAAUCCUCUGUGUGUAUGGCUAUUCCCUGUUCAUAUAUAUUCCCAUAUCAGUAAGUUUUACUACUUUUCUACAGUGUAAAGUGAAUUCCCUAUUUGCCUCAAUUGCUUGAUUUAAUUCUGAAAGCAAAAAAUAGAUAGACAAAAUAACAGUUAGUGCUGCACUCCUGAGUGGGGGGUUGGGGAUGGGUGUAUUAGCCUAAUAAAACAUGCACAGAAUCAAAACAAGUUUCCCUAAAGGGUUGGGAGGGUGAGUAAUGUUGUCACUUUGUUUGGAACACUCUUUGUUUAGUGACUGCAAACUCCAGUGACAAGAGCUUAUGUCCCCAUGCUAGACUGUCACUUAGAUCAAUGUCAAUCAUCAUACCUGAGAUAAUUAUACAGGAAUAACAUUUUCAUUCCUCUAUUAAACCAUUUACGUCAGACCAAAUUGCUGAUGAUGCUCGGCUUUUUCUCCAAGGUUCUCUGGGUUGUUCCUCUGGAGUGGUUAAGAUGGCUUCUUGUUAUGUUAGGAAUGGCCCUUUCAGGUAAAUAAUAUAUAAUACAUGUAUCAAAUAAACAAUUUUGUGAUAAAUAACUUAAGCUUUCUUGUAAUUUUUAAUGUACAUGUGCAUUUUUAGUUCAUUAUUUUCCCCUAGUCUAAUAAUAUUAUUAUUUUGUUGAUUUUUUUUAUUUUUCUAAUUCUUUAAAACAGUAUGCAAUCUUAUAAGAAAAAAAUGUUAUUGAUUUAAAUUUUUUUUUCGGAAAAUUUCUUUCAAAACCUAUUAAAAAUUAAAAAUUAUUUUAGGUACUGUGUUGCUGUUAACAUUCUGGCCUGCAGUGGAAGAUGAUGACAAGAAGGUAAAGUCCCCAUGA